UCGGUAGGAACUAUGCACCUAACACUGUAAGGUCAGAAUUAUUGUGGGUAAAAUGGUUUAGUUUCCGUGUGCCCUUGCAUGACCGUGACCGGAAAUUCCUCGCUUAAAAAGACAUAUGGACAUGUGUGUAUAUUAUAACUGGGAGUAUACACACUCCCUAUUUGCCGUUGACAUUGUUAUCUUCAUAAUUCAUAAACUGACCACUAUAUUGCUGAUAAAAAUCCUGUUACGAUCGAAGAGCGCACUUGCAUCUGUAACAACUCGUCUACACGUAUGCUUGCCCGUACGACUACAGUUGAAAAAAUGUCUGCUGCUAAUUCUAAUAUAAAGCCUUUGACAGAAGAUCAUGAACGCUACGAAGAUGUUUAUUACAAUGCUUUCUACAAGGUGGCUCAGAAAGAUGUCGUUCUCGAAAAGGUGAUUCAGUAUUUUGAUGCCACAGUGAUGAAGAGGCUUACUGAUGUCUUUGGGGGUGGUGAAGAGCUCAGUCUACUGGGUGUAGGAGUCGGAGAAGGCCCGCACGAAUUCCAGUUUCUGAAGAGUCUUCAAUCUCACUACUCAUCCAUAUGCAAUGUUGCAGUAGACCCUAAUGAAGGCAUGCUACAAACAUUCAAGGGUAGAGUUGCUACAUUGAAUUUUGAUGACAAAUCGUCUUGUCAUUGGUUCACUGGUCCGUUGUCACAAUUCGUUGCUGAAAGCCCCUUGGCGGGAAACAAGUACAACCUCAUCAGCUCUAUUCAUUCGCUCUACUACACGGGUGACUUUGAGACGACCUUCACCCAACUAGCAUCCAUGAUGAAAGAUAAGGGUCUCAUGAUCAUCGUUUGUAAAAACGAUAGCCUGAACACAAAAACAUUCCACAAGUUAACAUGGCUGACAGAAAGCACUCAGUCAAAUGAACGACUUUCUUCAAAGAAUGUUCGAGAGUUUGCACAAAGUCAAGGAUAUGAUGUCACCACUGUCGACAUACCUGUACAUUGGGACAUUACCGACGUGUUUGAUGACCAGUCAGACUUUGGAAAUAAACUCCUCGACUUCUUCACCCAGGCGGCGUACUUUCGGCAGACGGCACCGGCUGAGUUGGUCGAUGAUUUGAUGAGCUUUUGGCGUUCUAUUUCGACCGAAGAUAAAAAUGGACGUAUCGUAGCACCAGCCCACGACGAAAUACUUCUCAUCUCAAAAUAAUUCCCUGUCAUCGUCUUUCUGAGCCUUAUGUUGUUUCAAAUAUCAAGUAGGGUCUAGCUUUAUUCAUGCGCUUGCUAGCUACAAACAGAUCCAAUAGCACUUCUGGAUAAGGGCCAGGGCUGCAUACAACUCAUAUUUUUUUUGCUAAAUAUAUUACAUAUUGCGGAUAAAGUAUCGAAAAUAAUAUCGCUAGUGACAUUCGUUUGUCUCGCAAUGUAUGGUAAACAAGGGGAUCAAAAGAUCACGACGUUUCGUGCGCCGCUGCAACACUUCGUCAGGUGAUGAAAUAUAUUGUGAGCAAGCGUCUUUUAUACUCUACGGGUGGACCGUCAGUCAAAUAAUUCGAUCAAUUGAUCCUCACUGGCAACAAACUGUAAAACGAACUUAAAAUUCAAAGAUUAUCCAGGACAAUUUGUUUUUAAAGUAAACAGUUCCUUAAAUUUUGUUCUUGUUACCAGUGAAGAAGUUAUAAAAUGCAUUAAAGAAGCUCUUCACAAUACGGCUACUCAUGGUUUUGAUACUAUACCAUCGAGUAUUAUGAAAGAUUCGUCACUUAUUAUUGUAGAAUCUAUGAAGGCGUUGUGCCAAAUGAAUGGAAGUGUGUCGGAAUAACAUCCUUUAUAAAGGAGGCGAUGGCACAAACCCUUCGCAUCAAAGACCUAUAUCUCAUAAUAUUUGUGUUGUCAGUACUUUCCAACAUUUUAGAAAAACUUGUUUUUCGGCCAUCUUAUUCGAGUGAUAACAAUAUAAUGGUACAAAAUCAUUUUGGUUUUUCAACCACGCUUUUCAACAGAGUUGAAUUGAUUGAAUUCAACAGGAAAUGUGAGUAAAGCGAUAAAUACUUGCCAUGUUAUUGGAUUGGUAACGUUGGAUCAGGGAGAUGUGAGUUUUAAUACUCACACCUCCCUAGUUGGAUCUCGGAAAAGCGUUUUAUCAUAAGGUGCUUGUGAUUUGACUUAAUAUUUUUUUCUUCAUAAUUUCUGAUGUUUAGAAUACUAAGUGUGAUGUUUAUUAAGAGUUAUUUACAUAUUUUUAUUCUUAUUAUUUCAAUUUGUAUAAUGAGCUACCUUUUUGUUGUUAAAUGUAUCUUGUGUUAAUAUUUGUAAUGGAUUUGCUGAAAAACAGCCAUAUGGCUGAUGGCAUGUGUUCUAACCGUGGUUAAAUAAAUGAAACAAACACACAGAUAAACCA